AUGUUGGUACGUGCAAUUAGAUCUUCUUUAAAACAACGUGGAUUCCAUUCCGCGCAUGGUGUCGUUUGGUCAGGCCAUAAUAAAUGGAGCACUAUUAAACACGAUAAAGCCAAGAAUGAUGCCAAUAGAAACAAAAUCAUUAAUAAAUGUGCAAAUCAAAUAGCAUUGAGUAUCAAAUUAGGUGGUGGUAGCACAGACCCUGCAUUGAACAUGAGACUAAACGCAGCAAUCACCUCUGCUUUGAAAAAUAAUGUUACCAAGAGAGUAAUCGAAAAUGCUAUUAAGAAAGGGUCUGGCGCAAGUGGUGAUUCUGGUAACAACUUAGAAAGUUGUACCUAUGAAAUAAUGGGUCCUGGUGGUGUAGCCAUGGUUGUUGAAGCCGCUACUGAUAACAAGAAUCGAACAAUUGGAUUUGUUCGAUCUCUAACAAAUAAAGCAAAUGCCUCGAUGUCCCCAACUUUGUACAUGUUUGAUGCUAGAGGUAGAAUAGUUGUGGAACCUCCUGCUCAUUUAUUGGGGAACGAUGAAGGUGUAUUGGAAAGUAUCUUGGAAUUAGACGAUAUUGUCGAUGUCAACAAGAAUGAAGAAGACGAAGAAACUUCAAAAGAUGAUACAACGACAUCAUCGGAGGAUAAUGCCCCAGAAAAGUACACUGUGAUUACAGAACCCACAGAUACCAACACAGUUAGUUCGAACCUUCAAAAACUUGGGUUCAAUCUUCAAGACGUCCGAAUCGUUCAAGUAGCUCAAGAAGCAACACAGAUAGAUCCUUCUGAAGAAACAUUCGAGAAAAUCAAACGAUUUGUUGACCAACUGCAAGAUAUCGACGAGAUCACAGACAUAUACACUAACAUCCGCGGCUGUCCGUUUUCUCCAUGA